AUGCUAUCACUGCGUGCUGCUCUCCGUACUUCGAUGGUUACUGCUCUGCUGGGUACUUGUGUAGUACCAGUGGCAGGCACCCAUUCCGAUGAUAUUGAUAAUUUGGUUACUGCGAUGAGGGCGACCAAGAGGAGCCAGAGACUUACCAAAGAACCGAGUCAAUCGGAGGUUCUCGCUUUGAUCCACAAGGCUACACAAACUCCGAGCCAGAAGGUGCACCCGACUUACUGA